AGGAAAUAAGACAAUUAACGGCGUUUAAUUAACGGCGUUUUAUUAAACGUCACGUUUGCUAAUUUUUAACGGCGUUUUGUAACCGUCGCAUAUUUUUUAAAACCAAAACGGCACCGUUUCCAAUUGAAGGCGCUUAAAAGCGCCUCCGAAUGCUGUAGCUACACGCGCCCCUUUAUGAAACCCUUAUUUUUUAAUCUGAGUGCGAAGUGUAAUACAAUUUCGCGCACAUCUCUCUCUCUCUCUCUCAGCGACGAAGAAGACGGAGGAGAUCAAUCGGCUGUUCUUGAAGCUUGAAUACGCACACAUCUCUCUCUCUCUCAAUCCGUAUACGCACACAUUUCUUCAUCGAAGCUCCAUCUGCACCUGCGAUUUCAAAGAUUCAGAGCGAUUUCGAAGCGAUUUCGAAGAUUCAGAUGGAUUUCGAGAUUCAGAGCAAUUUCGAAGCUCCAUCGCCACCGUCAUCUGCACCGGCGAGCACACCCUAUCUCUCUCUCUCUCUCUCUCUCUUUUCUGGAAGUUCAUUUUGAUGGCGUCUGAAACCCUAGAAGACAAGAAACAAGAAGAAAUAGCUAACGUCGAAGACAAAGGUGAAGUGAAAGAAGAAGGGAAAACAGAGGAGGGUGAAGAAGAGAAAGAAGCGGAAAAGAAAGAAGAGGAUACGGAAAUGGCGGAGAAGGAAGAAGAAGAUGAGGAGAAGGAAGAACCUGAGGUGAAAGGUGAAGAGAGUAAGGAGGAAGCAGAGGAGGUAAGCAAGAAGGCGAAGAGAGGCCGAAAGGGUAGUUCGAAGAAAGCUGCAAAAGAUGAGAAGGCGGCGAAGAGUGGGCCCGGCUCGAAAGAGCCUGUUACGCCAAUUGAGAGGCCGAUCAGGGAGAGGAAGACUGCCGAGCGGUAUUCGGAGCCUUCGACUGGGAGAAGUGCAAGCAAAGCAUUGUCCAUUGAGAAGGGUCAAGGCACACAGCUUAAGGAUAUACCAAAUG